AUGCGUAUUCGGAUGUUGUGCGUAGUAUUUGUGUGCGUAACGACUUUGCUGCGAUGUGAUGCGUUGCCGCCAGCGGCUCUCGGCGACGUCGUUGCCAAUGCAGCAAGCAGUCUCAACUCUAUGAAGGUGACAGGAGCAUGGCGACGAUUAUCAAGUACAGUCAGCGAAUCUGUUGGUCUGAAACAUGCUCUCCGACGGCUGCAAACAGUCCCGGCGAGAGCAGCACGGCUCGUUCACGCCCUUGUGGACCGCAUGCGUGUAGGUGGAGGUCCAGUAGUUGAUACAACACUUGGCUCCUUGCGCGGGCGUAGAGUCGUUGCAAGGACCAGCGCUCAGACGCCAUACUACAGUUUUAAAGGAAUAAGGUAUGCACAGCCUCCACGCGGCUCUCUGCGGUUCAGGCCUCCUGAGCCACUAGAGCCCUGGUCCGGAAUCCGUGACGCACUGGAAGAAGGGGCCGUCUGUCCGCAUCGAUUCAUGCUCUUUGACACCUACAAAGGGGACGAGGACUGUCUCUUCCUUAAUGUUUACACACCAGCAUUGCCUGAUAAGUUAACGGGAUACAACCCAAGACUAGCAGUGAUGGUAUGGAUUCAUGGAGGCGCUUUCGCAGUGGGGUCUGGCAACGCAUUUCUGUAUGGACCGGACCACUUGAUUGGGGCUGGAAUAGUGCUUGUCACAUUGAAUUACAGACUGGGAGCACUCGGCUUCCUAAGCUUGGACAAUGAAGAGGUGUCCGGAAAUAUGGGUCUUAAGGAUCAAGUCAUGGCUCUCAAGUGGGUACGUGACAACAUCGAGGUCUUCGGCGGUGACCCGGAACGUGUGACGAUUUUCGGCGAAUCAGCCGGAGCUGCAUCCGUGCAUUUACACAUGCUUUCAUCAUCAUCGCAGGGUCUGUUUCAUGCGGCAAUCGCUGAAAGUGGUGUAGCGCUAUCACCAUGGGCAGUCGCGCAAGAUCCUCGCAUUCGCGCCUUCGAGCUGGGUCGAGAGCUCGGCAUCGACACCAAUAAUACCGCUGAGCUGCUCGGUUAUCUUCGUGCUACACCAAGCGAGUUGCUAGUGAAGGCCGGAGUUCGGUUAGCAGGAGCCCCAGGUAAAUCUGCAGACCUGCACAGCACUGUGGCGCUCCCGUUUCUGCCUGUCGUGGAGCAAGAUAUACCAGGAGCCUUCCUGACGAAGCCUCCGAAGGAAUUGUUGCCGGGAGCUGACGUGCCAUUUCUCACUGGAUACAAUGCGCAAGAAGGAAUUAUACUCUUUCGACGUCUCCAGCGAUACCCCAAGCUUCUGAGCGAACUGGAUCACGAAUUCAAGCGGGUUGUUCCACCGGAACUGACCUCUUUAGAUGAGGAACGGGCUCGCAAAGUCGCAGACCACAUACGAGCAUUCUACUUCCAGCAGCGUCCCGUCGAUAUACACACUAUUGACAGUCUUAUUGACCUGUUUACAGAUGUAAUGUUCCUGCGUCCAGCACUAGAAACUGUGCGGUUACAGGCAAUGACUAACAGAACGAGUCCAACAUAUCUCUAUCGGUUUGCGUUUGACGGUGCGUUGGGCCUCUUCAAACGCAUGCUGGGAAUCACGCAUCCUGGCGCGUGCCACGGUGAUGAAAUGGGCUACCUGUUCUACUUCUCAAGAUUAAACUACAGGCUAGAUGACAACUCACCGGAAUCAACGGUUUCAAAGAAAAUGGUCCAAAUGUGGACCAAUUUUGCCAAGAGUGGUAAUCCUACACCUCCAGUCGACUACGAGUCUAUAGUUGACUUCAAAUGGCUGCCAGUUAAUGACACAGUCAACGCGAACUAUCUGGACAUCACCCAAAACUUCACCCUUAAAGUCAAUCCCGAAGCGACAAGAGUGCGGUUUUGGGAUUGGCUGUACAAAAACUACGCCAGUGAUAAUUAACAUUGAUGUGUUGAGUGGACAAUAAAACUUUUAGAGCAGUGUAUUUAAAUCUAGUUUUAAGUAAAGUGUGAAAAGAAACUCUAGUAUACUUACCUGUAAGCCUUGUAACUAUACCUACGAGUAUGUUGUUAUAAUAAUAAAUGUGCGUUUACAUUUUGGUAA